UUUGACCUGGGCUUUUGUGAACAGGAAGCCUGAGGAAAUUUAUUCUAUUUCUCUGUGAGAACGGGUUGGAUAAGGUCUUCAACAUGAAAACGGGGGUUGGAGGUAACAGAUUCUUAAAAUGGAGCGGUAAAGACGCACUUUACAGGUGAAAACUACAGCAGCCAGCUUUUGUUCAACCAUUUCACUGGGUUGUGUCCUCAAAACAAGGAAUGUAUCGGAAUAACAGCUCCCAUGGGCUCCCCUUCAGGGGCUAUUCACCAGAGGAACCCUCAUCCCGAUCAUCGAUUUCCAGACCAAGUGCUAAAUCCAUUUACAUGCAAAGGAAAGAAUAUUCAGAGUCCAUUACAAAGCGACCUGACAAUUUCCAGCACAGAGUUGAGCAUCUCAUCACAUGCGACCUGGAUGGCCGGCCAGUACGAAAUGUGGAGGACGGUUUGGGAAGUCUCAAACAGCUGGACUCAAAGGGUAAAGUGUGGGCCCAGGAUAUGCUUCUUGAAGUCCAGCGCAACUACUUACAGCUUAGUGACAUUGAAACUAAGGAAGAACUGGAUUCCCUGCAGCUUGGCUCCAUCACAGACACAAUGGCCGUGUUGGACAGCUGCGCCUACAACUCCAUCCUGACCAUCACAGUGCAGGACAAUCGCCGGAGGGCUCCACAGAUCUUUAUGUUCCAGUGCACAGAAACAGGGGCCCAGGAAAUCAAGGAUGAUCUUGAUAAAGCUAUACAACAUGGAGGCAGUUUUGGGCCCGAUCCGGGCAUGCAGAAAGACCUGCAUAGAGACAUCAGAAGCAACUUGGAAAACAUCAUUGGCCAAAAAUACCCUGGAAAUUUCCGGAAUGUUGGGACACCUUACAUGCCACCAGAGAGAACACCCUCUCCACCAGAUCAACCCCCACCACACUGGAAUGACAUGAAUGGUUAUGAUGACCAAAGGAUGCCACCCCCUAAGUUUGGCUUUGACUCCCAGCCCCCCUGGCAGGACCCAGGGCCACCACCCCAGUUUGACCCCCAGCCCGUUCUCAGUGACACAGAGAGGAAUGUGGAGAUACUGAACCAUGUGCUCAACGACAGUGAGAUAUUCAUGGGGCAUGUUGCAGCUGCCACACCACCAGAAGAGCAGGGCAAGAAGAAGAAGAAGAAGGGCAAGACAAACACGGGUGGGCGAAGUAACUUACCACCGUUUGAGGAAUAUGCUAUUUUCCUCCAGAAACUUAAAUAUGGCUUCAAUCUUCUGGGGAAACUGAAUGGUGAGAUCAACAACCCCAGUGCUCCGGACUUCGUCCACGUCUUUUUCCAAAUGUUGACCUUUGUGGUGCCACGGUACCCUAUGGACAUACCACCAUCAGUGCUGAGCCCAUUCCUGACGGAGCCAGCACUCAUUCUCCUUAGUCAGACGGUCACCAAUGAGGAGGACCAGCUCUGGAGAGCACUGGGAGAGUGUUGGAACGUGCCCAGAAAUAACUGGCCGAACAGUGACCAGAUACCUCCUUACACCCCUGUGUUCUAUGAUGGCUGGGAGCCCCCGGCGCCUCCCCAACCCCGCAAUCAGAUCCAGCGGGACUCUAGAGGCAACAGCCAGAGACAGAGCCAGAGGUUCCCUCCCAAGGAUGACAUGCAGCAACACCCUGAUCAGAACCAAAUGGGAUGGAAUUCGCCACCCCCACGUUCAAAUGAUGCUCCCCUUUAUAUGCAAGUCAUCUACGACUUCAUGGCCAGGAACAGCCAAGAGUUGAGUGUUAUGAAAGGCGAUGUGGUCGAGGUGAUAGACAAAUCCAAACAGUGGUGGAAGGUACGCAACAUCAGACAUGAAGAGGGCCAUGUACCCCAGAAUGUUCUGGAACCUAUGGAAGAUCAAAGGGAGAUGCGGGCUCCCCCGUCCCUAAGUAUGUCGUCCAAACCUGUAGACGUCAGGGGAUGGUUGGAAUACAAAGGCUUCUCUAAACUAACCGUGAGGACACUGGGCGUGCUGAGUGGAGAGCUGCUCCUGAAGAUGACGCGAGAUGAGAUUAGGAUGGUAUGCCCAGAGGAAGGAGGCAGAGUAUUCUUCCAGCUGCAGGCUGUCAAGUCCUCUCUCGCGUUGGCUGAUGAGAAUGACUACAACAACUACAAUGGAUACUAGCUAAUCAGAACUAUAAUGCAUUAAUCAUGAUGCUGGCUGAUCCAGCCUUGGGGACACCACAGAGGAGCAACAUAUACCAUACCAUAAUAAUCACUGUUAUUCAGUUGUAAUAUAUCAAAAUCAUAGUCAUGUCUCCAAGCAGCUGAAAUCAAGUACCAAGUGACUGACUUUUAUUUGUUAGGGGUGUCCAUGUAGAAUAAUAAUGAAAGGAAGCAUCUGCUGAAAAGACAUUGGCUUUUAUCAAGUCAACUGAUUGCUCUUGCAGUUAUUGUUUCACAAUACAAUUUUCAGUUGGUAUAUUUAGUAAAAAAGAUCAAAUAUAAACAUGACAAAAUGAAGUGCUCAUUCAUUGGCCAGGACAACAAAUAACAAAAUAUUACUUGUCUUCUGAAGACCUAAUAAAUCAUAGGAACUGUAUGGAAAUGUUCUUUGUGCCACCAUGAGCUUCCACUACAGUGAUGGGACAUGUUUGUUUUUCAAAGUAGUUUCACUCUUUCUUGUUGCCCCACUUCGCCCUUCUGCCGUUCACUGGAUUCUUCGUGAACCUGCUUGAUUUGAUGUAGGCUGCUAUCUUUUCAAGCCCCUGUUGUGAGUAACAAGAACAAAGUCAUGUUAUAGACAAUAAACAAAAAAUAUCUGUACACAAAAAUUCGCUGGUAACAGAAACAAGACAUCACAAUGCAGCAGUCACCUCAAAAUGGUCCAGAAACACCUUAAGGUUCUUGAACUCAUCCAGGCAUUUGGGCUCAAACAUACUGUGUUGAUCCAAAAGCUCAUACAUGAGAAAGUCCACAAAGGUAAUCUGAGUGAAUGGCAAAGAUGACAUGUUGUGCGUGAGUAGAGGGAUUCCAAUACAAUGAUAAUGUACUGCACAUGGAUAUUGUAGACAAAUCUAUUUUCAUUGCACUAUGGUUAAAAGACAUCACAUUUUCAUCUCAUUUUCACUUAAUCAUUUACAUUUUUCACAAGUUCCAUCAACUGUUUAUCCAAUAAUUGUUUAAUUUCAUGACAGCUAAUCAAACAUAUGUUCAUAUGCAAAGAAUGUAAAUAGAUAAGGACUGCAAUAUCCUUCAACCUGCUUGUACAUGGGUAUCUUCUUUUCCCUCAUCUAUCUUGUACAAGGGCAUGCAUUUAUUUAAUUGUUGUGUUAAAGGCAAAUCCUAAUUCAAUGUGGAAGCCAGUGAUGUAUUGUCUUUAAAAUGUUCCUUUCUAAUUAAACAAUUUACCAUAAUGUUGAA